CUCCCCCCCUCUCUCUCUCUCUUCACCUUCCAAGUUUUAGAUUACUCUUUAUAGGACAUAUAACCAUGUUAUCUAUCGUCAUCUUCCUUCAACUUCUUCCCUCUGCAUACUCAGUAUAUUUCCAAAUACCUCGCUUUGAAUCUAAUGCUGACAACAUACUGUACUCGGGUGAUGCAGUACCUUCUAUUGGAACCAUUGAGCUUAUCAACCAAUACAAUUAUUUAUGCCGAGUCGGUCGAGCCAUCUAUUUUGAGAGGGUCCCUCUUUGGGACUCAGAUACUGGAAAACUCAGUGAUUUUAGUACCCAUUUUUCCUUCACUAUCGACACCCAAAACCGUUCCAUUUACGGCCAUGGGAUAGCAUUCUUCUUGGCACAUGUGGGGUUUGAUGUCCCGCUAAAUUCAGCUGGUGGAUUUCUAGGCCUAUUCAACACCACAAACAGUGAUUCAUCUCAAAACCAAAUUGUUCUAGUUGAGUUCGACUCAUCAUACUUGAACCAAGAAUGGGAUCCAGAAGUUGAGCAUGUGGGGAUUAACAACAACUCAAUUGCUUCUGCAACAUACACACCCUGGAAUGCUAGCUUUCAUAGUGGGGAUACAGCUGAUGCACGGAUCACUUACAACGCCUCGACGAAGAACUUGAGUGUCUCUUGGAAGUAUCAAACAACCCCUAAUCCUCAAGAGAAUACGAGUCUCGCUUAUGAAAUUGAUCUCAUGCAGGUUCUUCCAGAGUGGGUCAUAGUUGGAUUUUCAUCUGCUACAGGUCAGUAUGGAGAGCGGAAUAUAAUUCAAUCAUGGGAAUUUAAUUCCAGUUUGGAAAUGAAGGAAAGAAAUGGAAAAAAUACGAAACCGAAGGGUUUAGUUGUUGGUCUGACUGUUUCAGCUAGUAUUCUGAUAGUUGGGGCAGUUAUGACAUUUGUAAUAUUGUGGGUAUGGAAGAGAAAGAAAUUGGAGAAGGAAACGAUAGAGACUGUGAAUUUAACAUCAAUUAAUGACGACCUUGAAAAAGGAGCAGGACCAAGAAGAUUUUCUCACAUACAUCUUGCUUUAGCCACCCACAAUUUUGCAGAUGACAGGAAGUUGGGGGAAGGAGGGUUUGGCGCUGUCUAUAGGGGGUUUUUAACUGAUUUGGAUAUAGCAGUUGCUGUAAAGAGAAUCUCAAGGGGUUCAAAACAGGGAAGAAAAGAGUACAUAACUGAGGUGAAGAUCAUUAGCCGGCUAAGGCACAGGAAUUUGGUUCAACUCAUAGGAUGGUGCCAUGACAAAGGUGAGUUCCUACUUGUCUACGAGUUUAUGUCAAAUGGUAGCCUUGAUGCGCACCUCUUUGGCAAGAGGAGUCCUCUGACUUGGGCAGUGAGAUACAAGAUAGCUUCUGGGUUGGCAUCUGCGCUGCUUUACCUUCAUGAAGAAUGGGAGCAAUGUGUCGUACAUCGUGACAUCAAAUCAAGCAAUGUCAUGCUUGAUUCUAGUUUUAAUGUGAAGCUUGGAGACUUUGGAUUGGCUCGGCUCAUGGACCAUGAGCUAGGUCCUCAAACAACUGGAUUGGCUGGAACGUUAGGCUAUAUGGCUCCAGAAUACAUAGCUACUGGUAGGGCCAGUAAAGAAUCAGACGUAUACAGUUAUGGUGUGGUUGCAUUAGAAAUUGCUACAGGAAGAAAGUCAAAUGACCCUCCGGAAAAAGAUUCAGCAAUGGGGUUGGUAGAGUGGGUUUGGAAUCUUUAUGGAAGUCAAAGGCUUCGUGUGGCGAUUGAUGAGAGAUUGCAUAUGGAAUUCGAGGAGAAGCAAAUAGAGUGUUUAAUGAUUGUUGGAUUGUGGUGUGCUCAUCCUGAUCGAAGUCUUAGGCCGUCAAUAAGGCAAGCAAUUCAUGUUCUUAAUUUCGAGGCUACAACACCAGAUCUUCCAUUGAAGAUGCCUGUUCCUUUGUAUCAUAUCCCUACACCGUCAGUUAGCUCCGGCGAACCUUUAAUAACUACUAGUCUAGAAGACGGUCGUUGAAUGUGUGAAUAGUGAACCAUCUUUAAUUUGUCAACCUAUGCAAGCAGGGUCGUUGUCAUUGAUUUUUUUUUUUAAUUGUUUUAUGGGGAAUUAGAAGUACUUGCUUAUAUAUAUAUAUAUAUAUAUA